GGAAGGAACGGUAGUGGAAGAGUGUCAGAGAGUGAGAUUGGAGUACUCUGCUGUGGAUGAGAAUAACAAGUUACAGAGAGACUGCUGUACUGAAUGAAGAACAGCAUGAACCUCAUAUCGGUUGGAUUUUAUCUUUCACUAUCUUUUUGUUAUGUUUUAUCACAGUCCUCUUUUUUGGACAUUUUAUCAUUCCCAGCAGGUCUCCAGCCCCCCGACCAGCAGAGAAGAUUCAGCCCAUGCUGCUUGCUGAGCCCGCCCCCACCCCCCCUGUUCCCACCUCCCCCAACGCUUUGGCGGCGCCACGGUCAAAACAAUGAAUUAAUGCCAAGAAACGGAUUCCAUAAGGAGACAGAUGUGGAGAAGGGACUUUCCUGUGCCAUCGGCCCCGCCGGCACGCCUGGCCCCCCUGGCACUCAGGGUCCCCCUGGUUUACCAGGCUUGAAGGGGUUAAAGGGAGAGAAGGGAGAAAUUGGAAGACCAGGACAAAAGGGAAGAACAGGUCCGCCUGGUCUCCCAGGGCGACAGGGACCUGCUGGAUGGCCUGGACCCAGCGGGCCCAAAGGUGAGAAGGGGGACUCUGGAUUGAUGGGUCUGCCUGGAGCAAGAGGGCCAUUUGGCCCCAAGGGUUUACCUGGAUACAAAGGGGAAAAGGGUUCCCGUGGAGACCACGGGGAGAGUGGAAUCAAAGGAGACAAGGGUUCGAUGGGAUACCCUGGGAUGCUUGGACAGAAAGGUGAAAUGGGUCCGAAAGGAGAACCGGGCCUCUCAGGAAAUAGAGGCCCGACCGGCCGCCCAGGGAAGAGGGGUAAACAGGGCGGGAAGGGAAAUGCAGGAACCACAGGCCCUCUAGGGCCCGCGGGCCCCCAGGGGUCCCCCGGCCACCCUGGUCCUCCUGGUCUACCAGCCUCAGGGGUUUACAUGGUUGGUCUGAAAGGUGAGAGGGGCCUACCAGGACCCCCUGGGCGAUGUGACUGCAACUCUCUAAGUGUCAAAAGCCCCCCGUUUGACGAGCAUAACUCCAGGAGCAACUAUCCUAAAGUGCCAGCGAUAUUUGUAGUAGACAAUGAAGAAGAAUUAGACCGCCUUAACACUGACAACGCACUCGCCUUUCGGAAAGACCAAAGAUCCCUGUAUUUCAAGGACAUUGACGGGUGGCUGCCAAUUCAGCUCACACCGUUCCAGUCUAUGGAGAACGCUCCGGACGACGAUGGUUACUGUGGUGACGGGAUUGUCCAGAUCACCAACGAGGAGGAGUGUGACGAUCACAACCGCGUCGUCACCGACGGCUGCGUCAAGUGCAAACAUGCGUACUGUGGAGACGGCUAUCGCUGGGAAGGGGUGGAGGAGUGUGACGGAAAAGACUUUGGCUAUCAGACGUGCAAUUCAUAUCUUCCAGGGUCAUACGGGCGCCUUAGAUGUAACGCAUACUGUGUUAUCGACUCUACAAACUGCAAGUACUUCACAUGAGAACCCAGUGGGACGGUACGGUGGGUUCGCCAGGAUCUUGUUUGCUUGAAGCAAAAAAUUAAUAAAAAUAAGAGAGAACAUAAAAAAGAAGAACAACACUGCAAACAAGAGACUUAAUAGGAAGUGGCAACAUACAAAUCCACAACAAAAUGACAAACACACUGUUAACGUAACUCCUCUGCUUUAUCGCUGCUGAGAAGCCACGUAGCUACUGGGGGUGUUGUUGUGGGGUCACCCACUCACCCAGUCACAGGACGAUUGCACUCUGUCUUAAAUAACCCAUGCAGGACUAAAGAUGCACCCUCCCCACCCUGCCUCAUGAGACCAGAGCCUGUCUAGGAUUGGUCAAAUGAAGGACAGCCAGCCAGCCAAUUGGGGGAGCUUCAAGAGACGUGUGGAUGGAGGGGGGGGCGGAUCCACACACACUUGUACCUCGACAUAGCACUGUUAAAAAGGAGACCCUUCGGGAUCGCCCAAGCUUGGGUGCUGGGCACUGAAUGGCGACGCUGCGCAGCACUUGCAUGGGGCUGAGAUUGCUGUAACCAUGGCAACAGCUCUCACUACCUAACGCAUGUAACCAACCACAAUACUUAUUAUCGUCAUGUAACCGCUUUGUACUGUAUACCUUAAGUGUAUAUAUAUAUCUCUGUAAUAAUAUCAACAUCUCUAAAUGUUUGCGUGGAGUUGUCAAAAGGAGGCAUAUGUUAAGAAGCUGAUGUCAGGACAAUAUAGACUGGACAGGACUUUUCUCCGACACGAUGUAGAGAGAGCCUCCUCUUAGUGAGCGGAUAAGACUAGAGAUGGACAGUGGAAAAGUCAGCCUCACUGACAGGCCAGGAGAUUUCACCAUAGGCCUCUCCUCUCCUGGAAACAGAACAGGCCCUCUUCUAGCCUGUGGAUGGUGCUUCACAGAGGCCGUCAGAGUCCAGACAAAGUCACCGUAGCAUUUAGACAUUUUAUGAACUACUCAGGAACCUCCAGGUAAUGUAGCUCUGGUUAGGCAGCAGGUGGUGCAGAUCUGCUCCGUCACUGUAGAUGUCGAGACAGAUUCUGUACUCUGGUGAUGCACAAAAGUUAAAGGAACUCAAAUAAGUGCUUACAUAUGAUGUUGAUGUAGUGCUUUUUGGGCAUGAAGUUUGACUGCAAGUGUUGCAUUGUGAAAUGGUGUAUUACGUGACGGCUGGCGUACUGUUAUUACCGGUUCUUAAGUGUUGCGUUAGCGAAGGAGGAACGGUUUAUAGAUGCUGCUCCAAUGGAAUAAGAAUGUGGAGAAUGUGG